AAUUUUCAUAGGUUUGAUAAGUGCAAACGGCAUCAUGUCACUAACAGGCUUGAGUGCGUUUUUGCUCCUAGUGAGCUGUUCGUCUGCUGAAAUUCAUAAUAAGGGAUGGUGGAACAAUACUGUCUUCUAUCAAGUAUAUCCGAGAAGUUUAUAUGAUACGAAUGCCGAUGGCGUAGGUGAUUUGAAAGGAAUAACUUCAAAGUUGCACUAUUUCGUGGAAACUGGCAUUGACGCAAUAUGGUUGUCGCCCAUAUAUACAAGUCCUAUGGUCGAUUUUGGAUAUGAUAUAUCGAAUUUUACGGAGAUCGAUCCAACUUUUGGCACAUUGGACGAUUUCAAGACUCUCAUAGCGGAAGCUAAAAAACUUGGUCUAAAAGUAGUCCUCGAUCUUGUACCUAAUCAUACAUCUGACAAGCACCCAUGGUUCCAAAAAGCUCUUGCAGGAGAUGAGAAAUAUAAGAAUUAUUACAUGUGGGCAGAUGGUAAAGAUAAGGACGACAAAACGCCGCCUAAUAAUUGGAUCAGUGUGUUUAGCGAUUCCGCGUGGACUUACGUUGGUUCACAAAAACAAUGGUAUCUUCAUCAAUUCGAUUAUAGACAACCUGAUUUGAAUUUCUCCAAUCCUGAAGUAAGAGAGGAAUUGCUAGAAGUAUUGAAAUUCUGGCUGGAUUUGGGUACAGACGGAUUCCGCAUCGAUUCCGCUGCGUUUAUUUAUGAGGAUAAAGGAUUGCGAGAUGAGCCCAGAAGUUACGCGGCUGGUGCCACAUCGCGAGAUUAUACAUAUUUGGAUCAUAUUUACACUCUUGAUCAACUCCCUAGUUAUGAGCUCUGCAAAAGUUGGAAAGAAUACGUAGAUAAUUAUUCUGAUCAGCGUAAUCAGACUCAGAAAAUAAUGGUGAUAGAAGCAUAUACCAGUUUUCCACACACCAUGGAAUAUUAUAACUAUAGUGUGUUGCCUUUCAAUUUCAUGUUUAUAACAAAUGUGACCGUUAAUUCGUCCGCGCAAGUUUUUAAAGACGAAAUGGACCUUUGGAUGAAUUCAAUGCCAAAAGAUGGAAUUGCUAAUUGGGUGCUGGGAAAUCAUGACAAUUCGCGCGUAGCCUCUCGUUAUCCCGACAGAUUGGACCAAAUGACUAUGUUGUCCAUGAUUUUACCGGGCAUGGCAGUGACUUAUAAUGGUGAUGAAAUUGGUAUGGUCGAUAAGAGGGAUAUAUCCUGGGCGGAUACGCAGGAUCCUGAGGCGUGUAAUGCAGGCAAAGAACAUUAUGCCGCUGUGUCUCGCGAUCCAGAACGAACACCAUUCCAAUGGGACGACACGAAGAACGCAGGUUUUAGUACGGCGAAUUCGACGUGGCUUCCGGUGAAUAAAAACUAUAAAACGCUCAACUUGAAGAACGAGAUAAUGACUUAUCAUGAAUCACAUUACAAGAUCUAUAAAACCUUAGCCGAUCUGCAUCGCAAAGAGCCAGCAUUAACCAAAGGACAUUAUAAAUCGUUUACGACGAACAAUGGUGCAGUCCUGGGUGUGAUCCGAAAUGUUGGUAACCUGCAUAACCGUCGUACCGUGUUGUUUUUGGCUAACUUUGACAAUAACCACUCUCACCGUGUCGAUCUGUCAAUAUUGCACCAAGAACUUCCACGAGACAUGAAAGUUCAGGUUGCCAGCUUGGGUUCUGGUAUACGCAGAGGAAAACUCGUUCAUGGCCGAAUAAUUUUACCGAAGAAAGCCGCUGUAGUGGUUACAUCUUUGAACAUCAAGUUAAAAACUACGCAGUUUUUCUUGAAUAUUAUUUAUAACAUAUUACGUACGAAUGCGAUAUAUUGCGUAAUUAUAAUGAUAAUAAAGCAAGAGCAUCACGUACGUGUCAUACUUAAACACAUUUUUCGAGUUAUUUCCGGAGGUUUGAUAAGUGCAAACGGCAUCAUGUCACUAAUAGGAUUGUGUGCGUUUUUGCUCCUAGUGAGCUGUUCGUCUGCUGAAAUUCAUGAUAAGGGAUGGUGGAACAAUACUGUCUUCUAUCAGGUGUAUCCGAGAAGUUUGUAUGAUACGAAUGCCGAUGGCGUAGGCGAUUUGAAAGGAAUAACUUUAAAGUUGCACUAUUUCGUGGAAACUGGUAUCGACGCGAUAUGGUUGUCGCCCAUAUAUACAAGUCCUAUGGUCGAUUUUGGAUAUGAUAUAUCGAAUUUUACGGAGAUCGAUCCAACUUUUGGCACAUUGGACGAUUUCAAGACUCUCGUAGCGGAAGCUAAAAAACUUGGUCUAAAAGUGGUCCUCGAUCUUGUACCUAAUCAUACAUCUGACAAGCACCCAUGGUUCCAAAAAGCUCUUGCAGGAGAUGAGAAAUAUAAGAAUUAUUACAUGUGGGCAGAUGGUAAAGAUAAGGACGACAAAACGCCGCCUAAUAAUUGGAUCUGUGUGUUUAGCGGUCCCGCGUGGACUUACGCCGAGUCACAAAAACAAUGGUAUUUUCAUCAAUUCGAUUAUAGACAACCUGAUUUGAAUUUCUCCAAUCCUGAAGUAAGAGAGGAAUUGCAAGAAGUAUUAAAAUUCUGGCUGGAUUUGGGUAUAGACGGAUUCCGCGUCGAUUCCGCUCCGUUUAUUUAUGAGGACAAACAAUUGCGAGAUGAGCCCAGAAGUUACGUGGCUGGUGCCACAUCGCGAGAUUAUUCAUAUUUGGAUCAUAUUUACACUGUUGAUCAACUUCCUACUUAUGAGCUCUACAAAAGUUGGAGAGAAUACGUAGAUAAUUAUUCUGAUCAGCGUAAUCAGACUCAGAAAAUAAUGGUGAUGGAAGCGUAUACCAGUUUUCCAUACACCAUGCAAUAUUAUGACUAUGAUGUGCUGCCUUUCAAUUUUGAGUUUGUAAUAAAUGUGACCGUUAAUUCGUCCGCGCAAUUUGUCAAAAACGAAAUGGACCUUUGGAUAAAUUCAAUACCAAGUGGAAUUGCUAAUUGGGUGUUGGGAAAUCAUGACAAUCCGCGCGUAGCCUCUCGUUUUCCCGACAGAUUGGACCAAAUGACUAUGUUGUCCAUGAUUUUACCAGGCAUGGCAGUGACUUAUAAUGGUGAUGAAAUUGGUAUGGUCGAUAAGAGGGAUAUAUCCUGGGCGGAUACGCAGGAUCCUGAGGCGUGUGGAGCAGGCAAAGAACAUUAUGCCGCUGUGUCUCGCGAUCCAGAACGAACACCAUUCCAAUGGGACGACACGAAGAACGCAGGUUUUAGUACGGCGAAUUCAACGUGGCUUCCGGUGAAUAAAAACUAUAAAACGCUCAACUUGAAGAACGAGAUAAGGACUUAUCAUGAAUCACAUUACAAGAUCUAUAAAACCUUAGCCAGUCUGCAUCGCAAAGAGCCAGCAUUAACCAAAGGACAUUAUAAAUCGUUUACGACGAACAAUGGUGCAGUCUUGGGUGUGAUCCGAAAUGUUGGUAACCUGCAUAACCGUCGUACCGUGUUGUUUUUGGCUAACUUUGACAAUAACCACUCUCACCUUGUCGAUCUGUCAAGAUUGCACCAAGAACUUCCACGAGACAUGAAAGUUCAGGUUGCCAGCUUGGGUUCUGGUAUACGCAGAGGAAAUUAUGUUCAUGGCCGAAUAGUUUUACCUAAGAAAGCCGCUGUAGUAGUUACAUCUUUGAACAUCAAGUUACAUUAAAGCUGCCUUCACCACACUUUUAUUUUAUUAUAUUUAAGGAAAAACACUUAAUGCACCUCUAUUAUGCACUUAUGGAUUGUAAUGUUUUCUGCAAUAAAAAAUAUUAAAUAAUACUUUAA